ACUCAUCUAUACCCCGUCCCCGGUACCGGCGCGUCUCCGCCCCCUCCGCCGCCGCCCGGACACCGGGCCUGGCCCUCCCGCCAUCACCACUUGUUGCCGCUGUUGCCCUGUCCCGCGCUCCUAAACUUCUCCCCCAUCCCCGGGCGGGGGAUCCUCCGCUGACCCCGGUGCCGUCCCCAUAGCUGCCCCGGCCCAAGCGCCACACCGGGAGAUGUCUCUCCUGACUGGGCGGGAAACCGCUCCCUCCCCGAUCAUCGCUGCUGAGCCCUCCCGCCAUGGGGGUGUACCUCUGCCCGUGCCUCCCCCGGAGCCCCCACUGCCCGUGCCUCCCCCCGCUGACCCUAACUGAUGCCCCAUGCAACUGCCCACUCCCCACUGUCCCUGACUGAUGCCCCCAGCACCCGCCUCUACCCCCGCUGCCCCUAACUGAUACCCCAUGCAACUGCCCACCCCCCACUGUCCCUGACUGAUGCCCCCAGCACCCGCCUGCCCCUAACUGAUGCCCCCAGCACCCGCCUGCCCCUAACUGAUGCCCCCAGCACCCGCCUGCCCCUAACUGAUGCCCCCAGCACCCGCCUGCCCCUAACUGAUGCCCCCAGCACCCGCCUGCCCCUAACUGAUGCCCCCAGCACCCGCCUGCCCCUAACUGAUGGCCCCAGCACCCUCCUGCCCCUAACUGAUGCCCCCAGCACUCGCCUCUACCCCCGCUGCCCCUAACUGCUACCCCAUGCAACUGCCCACCCCCCACUGUCCCUGACUGAUGCCCCCUGCACCCACCUCCCCCAGCUGUCCCUAACUGAUGCCCCAUACACCCGCCUACCCCACUGAUGCCCCCAGCACCCGCCUCAACCCCCACUGCCACUAACUGAUGCCCCCCUAUACCCAUCUCCCCCUGCUGACCCAGAUGGAUGCCCCCUGCACCCGACUCCCCUCACUGUCCCUGACUGAUGCCUCCAGCACCCACCUCCCCCCACUGUCCCGGACAGAUGCCCCCUCACCUACCUCCUCCCGCUGACCCUAACUAAUGCCUCCUGCACCUAAAUGAUGCUCCCAGCACCCACCUCCACCCACACUGUCCCUGUCUGAUGCCCCCCUCACCUGCCUCCACCCCCACUGCCCCUUACCUGCCCCCACCCCCACUGUCCCUGACUGAUGCCUCCUGUGCGCGCCACCACUGCCCCUGAUUCCACUUGCAUCCGCCUCCCCCCACUGUCGCUGACUGAUUCCUCCUGCACCGGCCUCCUCCCACUGUCCCUGAUUGCAUUCCCCCCCCCCCAUCCCUGACUGAUACCCCCUGCACUCUCCUACCCCACCCCCUGCCCCAAAUAGAUGCCCAUCUCAUCCACCCAAAGCUUCUAGUCACAACUCUGCCUGUGACAUACACACCAACCUGCACCCAGCACUGCCGUGUGGUAGAACACCCCACUCUCUGUAACAGGUGCCCCCUGGAUCCAGGGGCAUCAGGGGGUGCCCCCUAAUAAUGACUCUGCCACAGAGCUCCCUGCCCUUGUGGAGAUGCGGUGUCUGUGUUACCCUAAAGCCCAUUUUGGUCCCUCACCGGCAGGGAUUCCUCAUGCAGCUGAUUCUGUCACAUUUGGAAGCCUUCGCUUGGGAACGCAAGCCCAGGAGGCUCUGCUGCGUCCGACGACCAUGAGUUCGACCCAUCGGCUGACAUGUUAGUCCAUGAGUUUGACGAUGAGCGAACGCUGGAGGAGGAAGAGUUAAUGGAGGGGGAGGUGAAUUUCAGUACUGAGAUUGAGCAUCUAGAGAGGGAGAGUGAAAUGCCGAUUCACGAGCUGCUGAGGCUGUACGGUUACGGUAGCACUGUACCUCUGCCCGGUGAGGACGAAGACGAUGAGGAUGACGAAGAGGAGGAUGAGGAAGAGGAGGAGGAAGAUAAUGAUGAUGGAGUCAGUGGCUGCAGCGGUGAAAAUAAGGAUGAAACCAUUAAAGAUUCCUCCGCUCAGGAAGACGAGGCUCUAUCUUCUAAUGACGAUCCGGCACCAUCUUCUGUGCAAGACGCACAAGAAGUUAUCCGUCCGCGUCGCUGCAAGUACUUUGAUGCCAAUAAUGAGAUGGAGGAAGAGUCUGAGGAUGAUGAAGAUUAUAUUCCAUCCGAGGACUGGAAAAAGGAGAUUAUGGUGGGUUCCAUGUUUCAAGCUGAAAUCCCAGUUGGCAUCAGCAGAUACAGAGACACGGAGAGAGUGUAUGAGAACGAUGACCAGUUACUGUGGAACCCGGAUUUUGUGGUGGAGGAUCGCGUGAUAGACUUUCUCGGCGAGGCGUCUAGGAGGACCGGGGAGGAGAAGGGCUUGGAUGCGAUACCUGAAGGAGCGCACAUAAAGGACAACGAGCAGGCCCUUUAUGAGCUGGUGAAAUGCAAUUUUGACACAGAAGAAGCCUUGAGAAGAUUAAGGUUUAAUGUGAAGGCUGCCCGUGAAGAACUCUCUAUUUGGACGGAAGAAGAAUGCCGGAACUUUGAGCAGGGUCUUAAAGCAUAUGGAAAAGAUUUCCAUUUGAUACAGGCAAACAAGGUGAGAACACGCUCUGUCGGGGAAUGCGUGGCGUUUUACUACAUGUGGAAGAAGUCUGAACGAUACGACUUCUUUGCUCAGCAAACGCGAUUCGGCAAAAAGAAGUACAACUUACACCCGGGUGUAACGGACUACAUGGACCGACUUCUGGAUGAAAGUGAAAGUGCUGCAUCCAGUCGGGCCCCAUCUCCCCCACCUACUACCUCUAACAGCAGCACCAGCCAAUCAGAGAAGGAGGAGAGCGGAGCCAACAACACCAAUCAGAAUGGGGUUGCUGCAAAUGGCCCUUCAGAGAUUGCAACGUACAAAGACGACUCCACCACAGGAGCUGUUCAUAUAAACGGACCCAGCACCGGGGAGCCAUCUCCACAUGAGACGGACACCAACGGAUACAACCGCGACAGUGUAUCCGAUGAUUCCAAAUUUAGCAACGCACGAAGCGACAAAGAGCUGGAUGAUGCCAAUGAGAGGUCAUCAAAGAGGCGGCGGAUAGACAGCCCCGACAAAGACAGUCCCGGAUCUUCAGAAGUUUCUCAGGAAAUCUUUUCGCACGGAGAGAUGUAAAGAUGUCUGCCAUCAUUCUGACCGUCAAUGAUUUGAGACGUUUUGACGCAAGUUUCUAGGGGUCUUGAAAUUUCAGGGUUAUACUGGUUAUUUAAGAAGUUCUAUUUUUAAAGUAUUUUUUUUUUUCCAUAACUUUGGUUCUUUGCGUCCCUGAAACAAAUGAAACGUUUGGGAUCUUUUAUUUUGGAAGGAUAGAAAAACCACGGAAGGACCUCCAGAAUGUAUUACAUAUACCGUACCGCGACAUCAUGGGUAUACACUUGCUGGAAAUAUAGUAUUUCAGCAUCUUUGGGAAGGAGGAACCUUUACGUUUGUUUUUUUUAUGUUAAACAUUUGACAUCGAUCUGAAAUUGCUAAGGAAGGGUGGUUCCGGAAUGCCGCAGGCGCCGUUUUUAUAGGUAGAAGUUAAAGAGUAAACCACAUGAGGUUUGUGCAAGUAAAUUAUUGACAUCAGUGAUGUCUUUUUCUAUUUCUGGGCUGAAAAAAAGAUACAUGGUGUAUUUUUCCAGAUUUCUUUGUAGCCUUUGGAGAGAUUUUUACAGUAACUAUAUGUUUUGAAUGAACUGUCUUUUCUUAAACAAAGCUUGUAUAAUUUUCUUAACUUGUACAGUUGAUAAACUUUUAUUAUGAGAAAGAAAUUAAUAUUCUGAAAAUUGUAUAGCUGCUUCCCCCCCCCCCAUUUUAUUUUUACUCCGCUUCAUCUUCAAGGUUUACGUUUCCCAUGUUUCAUUGCAAAAUUGUUUUUGUUCAUCAGAAUUUGCAGGCCGAAUGGCAAGAUCGUUUGUUUGCUCUCUGUGCCAAGAAUAGUUAUGUCCAUUAGACCUAAAAUAGAAGUUGCCUUAUAUAAAAGCGCGAGUUUGUAGCAUUCACAAGUGUGUAUGUAAAAAAAAGUUUCAUGGUCUUGGGCCCCCUCCCCAGUACAGAUCAGGCUUCCUAUAAUACCCCUUUCAGACGACCAAAAAUUCCCCUUGUUAUCGCACGUGAACACGCAUCAACACGGGAUUUUGCUUAGUCUGAGAGGGUCCUAAAAGCAACAACCCAGGUUGAGCGUCCUGGUAUUUCAUCCCAGGUCGCGACCUGGGUUGAAUUCAUAAUCGAGCCUGGAUGCGGUGCAGUGUGAACGGUAAGCUCGGGUCAAGGCGACCCGGCACCCGUUCUCUGCAUAGGAGGAGGCGGCGCUUGGAGAUGAUCAUCUCCAAGUGCCACCUCCUGUAGCGUCAGCGGUGACGUCACCAGCACGCCAAUAUGCUGGGUUUGGACGUAAGUUUGAAAGGUGUCUCAAGCCAGGUUGCACCCGUGUACAAAUUCCCGGGUGCAACCCGGCUCUGCCAGUCUGAAAGGGGUAUUAGUAGAUGAAUGCCAGGCACUGGAGCCCGCCUGAUAAUCCCGAACAAUAGAUAUCAUUCAUGUAUACAAUCUGAAGCAGACAUGCUAUAGUAUUGGAACUUUACAUAGAAUCCGGUGAAUGGUACAAAUGCCUUUUUUAUAUUUCAGCUCAUCGUAAUUUUAAGUUAUAAUAUCUUGUGGCAAUUGGGGCUUAUUCUAUGAAGUGGAGUCCGGUUAUAACGGAAAAAUCACAAGUGACCUGAACAAAAUAAAAAUCCAGUUUAUUUUCUUACAAUAGUAGGGUCUGGCUGUCGCUGCACCUUAUAGACGUAGCCCCUUUAAAUGGUCAUUACUAAAUUUGAAAUGGCAAUGUAAUUACGUUUGUAUGAUGCUUUAUUGUUCCAGGGCUCGUUCUGGACUGUAACGUAAGUAGACUUUAUUUCCAGCUGAGCGUCAUAAGUUUACUGCAUCCCAGCUUUAUAUGGCACCUGUUGCUUGUUUUACUGCGUGAAUCCCCCGCAGCGUCCGUAUAAAGUUCAGCGAGCUGUCAUUGUAACAGAGUGUUGCCUGUAUAGGACUGCUAGCUUAACGCCACGUUUUAAAUGGCUACGUGUGCUUGCGCACUAACAAGGAUGCAGCCUAUCCGCUCACUACGAAUCGGUGACACAAUGGCUGCCCCAUUCUGACCGGUUCCGGUAUGAAAGAUAGAUAGUGUCUAGUUAGACAGUCAAUAGAUAGACACCAUAUGUUAGACAGACAUUAGGUCGACAGGGUCAAAAGGUCGACAGGGUCAAAAGGUGGACAUGGAAAAGGUCGACAGGGUCAAACGGUCGACAUGAAAAUGGUCGACACCAUGUUUUUUUGCAUUUUUGUGGUUUGUGUGGAUAGUUUUGUCAUUUGGGACCCCCAAUUGUAGAAAGGCAUACGCUCGCCACGCUUCGGGCACGGUGGCUCGCUGCGCUUGCCACAAGGUUUAUAACCAACUCUAUGCAGACAUGGAUAAAGUAUGAAAUAAUCCAAAAACGUGUUAAAUUAAAAAAACACAUUUGUCUAUCUUUUUUAUGUCGACCAUUAUCAUGUCGACCUUUUGACCCUGUCGACCUAAUGUCUGUCUAAUAUAUGGUGUCUAUCUAUUGACUGUCUAACUAGACACUGUCUAUCUACUAAACGGAUAGGAUUCUGACCCCUGUGAUGUCACUGCUUUCUGGUCUGUUGAUAGGUUGGUUACUUAUGAAUAUGCAAUUAUGUGUGAAUGACCAAAGUGGCCGGGGUGGGGGGGCGUUAGUGGCUCACUCCAGUUGUGUAAAGCGUGGGAGACCUCUGCUGCUUGUUUUUGGUGAAAUGAAGUGCAGCUCAAUCCCGAAGUGUGAAUUGUGGUACAUUUGUGUCGGUUUCCCAGGCGUCCUGUUUGCAGUGGUGCGCACCUUCUGAUUGGGGGUCAUUAUUAACCCUUUGUAUCGUGUUGCCGCCGGCUGAACCUGCACUGGGGAAGUUGCCUCUGUUGCACCCGUCUCUUACUACGUUCCAUGGUUUAUAGGUUAGGAGUAAUUUAUUUUAUUACUUGUGCGGAGUUAUACUCAUUUUGUUCCGUCUGUGUCCACAUCUCUGUUUUGUAUGACCAGCCAGGUUGUAUAAUCAUAGAGAUCGCUCAUCCAUUUCUUUGUUCUUUUUUUUUUUUUUUUUUUUAAAUCUCUUUAUUUGAUGCAGUCUGUGAAAGUCCAAAUCUGAUCUCGCAGCCUUAAUGUACCAUAACUUCUGUCUGUCUUCUAAGAUUGUAUUUUUGCUUUGUCUGUGCAUUCCCUGACAAUGUAGCCUAAGCACAUUGUUGUAUUACAUUGUUAUCUGUCAUUUAGUUGAUAGUCUUGUUUUGAGCCCCCCAGGGCUAUUGGACAAUGUCAUUGUGCCCCCACGGCUCACAGCACGGUGAAAUGGGCGGGGGGAUCCCCUUGUCUGAGCAGAAGGAGCAUAGGUCAGAGGUUCCCAAACGCGGUCCUCAAGGCACCCCAAUGGUCCUGGUUUUAAAUGUAUCCAUGCUUGGCCACAGGUGACUUAAUUAGCACCUUAGUCAAUUUGAUUUAACAAUCUGUGCUGAGCCAUGGCUAUACCGAAAUCCUGGACUGUUGGGGUGCCUUGAGGACCGCGUUUGAGAACCUCUGGCAUAGGUGCUGACUUAUUGUAUAGAGUGAAUGGGGUUCCUCGUCAGCCUGUGUGUAACAGUGAAAUGCAUACUCUCUGAUAGGGAUCGAUGAUCCCCCUUUACAGUCUGUUACAGCUUUUUAUAAAGCCUCGUGUACAUUAAUCCAGGGCGGUACAAGAUGGCUAGACAGAAACCAUGCAUGUUUGAGCCCUAAGUGCCACGUCCUGGCCCUCCAGACACAUUAUUUUGUGGUCCAGGCACCUUGCGACUGGACAGCAUACUAUAGGUGAUAUGGUAACUACGGCUGACCUGUCCAGUCACUGCCAGCCUAUACGUUUACUAGCUGCAUCUUUCUGGCCCCUUGCAGCCAAUGGACUAUAGUGUACGAUACAAUCGGGCUGGCACCGUGUGAAGGGGACGGUCUCUUUAAAUGGGUCCAGUAUUAAAUGCCGGCGGCCCUGAAACAGACACCGGGAUCCUGAUGUUGGAAAGACCGACAGGGGUGAGUGCGUGGUGUUCUCCCCUACACACUAACCCUCCCUUCCCGCAACCUAACUCUAACCUCCCCCCUUAGUGCCUGACUCUAACUACCCCCCCCCCCCCCCUCCCGGUUCCUAAACCUAAAGGCCCAUAUAGACGGGCCGAUGUGGGAGAGAUGUGUGCUGAGCGAACCGCUCAGCACAGCGCGAUGUGUGCGGGGGGCCGCUCAUUUCACCCAGCGAUUUCACCAGCAAUAGUGAUGAGCGGGGUUGCGCAUUGCUAUCGCUGUAGGGGGUACACACGGAGCGAUAAUGCUUAAAUUCUAAGCAAUCUAGAUCUGUGUGGGUGUGUGAGACAAUAGGUCUAGGAAAGUGCACUUUUCUAUACAAAUACUAUGUAAAUGAAGUUCUACACUUACCGGAUGUAUUCAUUACAGAGCUUUAAUUGAAUGUAAGUUAUUGCCGGCUCACACACAAGUCCUAUUUCACCCAUUUUUGCACUGUUGAUGUUUCUUCCUCUGAUCUUCUUUGACUAUUAAAAUAUUUUUGUUUUGUUUUUAGAAAA